CUUUUCACAUCGAAUUAUAUAUGAUGUAAUGAAUGAAAGAUGUAAAAAUCGGCGAAAAAAAACGAUAUUUGUCUAUUUUGUGAUCAUGAUUUCUGCAAGCGUCUAGAGGUACAGCUCGAAUCCUCCCUCAAACAAAUGGACAUAAUUAGGAAUUUAGAGAAUUCCGGAGAAUUGGGAAUGUAGAAUACUUGGGGGAAUGGCAUUAAAACAGUUACGUGCAGUGUUAGUUGAUCUUAGUGGAACAAUACAUAUAGAUGACAAGGUGGUCAGUGGAGCAGUAGAUGCAGUUCAGAGACUGAAAGAUAGUCAUCUGAAAGUUAAAUUUGUCACAAAUACAACAAAAGAAUCAAAGAGACUUCUACUAGAGAGAUUAAGAAAGCUUGGCUUUAAUAUCAACAAUAAUGAAAUCUUUACUUCACUAACUGCAGCAAGAAAGAUAAUUGAUACAAGAAGGUUGUCUCCCCUGAUGUUACUAGAUGACAGGGCACUGGAAGAGUUCUGUGGAGUACCUCAAGAUCAGUUUGACUCUGUGUUGAUUGGACUUGCUCCUGACAAAUUUAAUUACAACAAGAUGAAUGAAGCAUUCAGGCUUGUUCUCAAUGGGGCUCCUCUAGUUGCAAUACAUAAAGCCAGAUACUACAAGACAAAAGAUGGGCUUGCCUUAGGUCCAGGUGGAUUUGUUACAGCACUAGAAUAUUCAGCUGGUAUACAAGCAGAGGUUGUUGGUAAACCUGAGUCAUCUUUCUUCUUAUCAGCUGUAGCAGAAUUAGACGUUCUACCAGAACAGUGUGUUAUGAUUGGUGAUGAUGCAAGAGAUGAUGUAGUUGGAGCCAUAUCAUCUGGAAUGAAAGGAAUCCUUGUGAAAACAGGUAAAUACAGAGUUGGUGAUGAGAAAUAUUUACCAGAUAAUGCGGUUACAGUGAACAACUUUAGUGAGGCAGUAGACUUGAUACUGAAACAACAAUAUGCUGAACAUACUUGAACUGUUAUAAUGUGUGCAGUGAUAUAUAUUUAUGAGAACAUUGUUGUCUUCUUACAAUAGACUGAAAUCAAAGAAAUUUAAGUAUUUCUAAGAACACUUCCUUUUCUAAUUUACUGGAUAAAUAUUUAUCAA